AUGAUGUCACCUAAAAAAGAAGGAAUGGAUGAUUCAUCAACGUGGAUUCUUGAGAGCGUUGAGAUUGAUCCUAUUGUGGAUGUGCCAAAAGAUGAUGGACCCCAUGAAAGCAUUGUGCUAAAAGCUCCUAAUGAUGCUGCUUUGAACAAUAAUGUUGGCAAUAUCAGGAACAGGAAUGGUUCUCAGGAGAAUAAUGGUUCCAAGAUGAUGAGGUUGCAAUCAGGAGCAGCCAGAGGGCUUAAGGGUUUACGGUUUCUUGAUAGAACGGUUACAGGGAAAGAAGCUGAUGCAUGGAAGUCCAUUGAGAAGCGUUUUGCUCAACAUGCAGUUGAUGGGAAGCUUUCAAAAGAUAAAUUUGGAACAUGCAUUGGCAUGGGGGCAGAAUCAAAUGAUUUCGCUGGGGAACUGUAUCAGGCCUUGGCAAGGAGAAGGAAAAUCUAUGCAGAAAAUGGGGUAACACUUGAUGAAGUUAAAAUAUUCUGGGAGGAUAUGACUGACAAAGAUCUUGAAUCCAGACUUCAAGUGUUCUUUGACAUGUGUGACAAGAAUGGGGAUGGUAGACUAUCAGAAGAGGAGGUUAAGGAGGUUAUAGUGAUGAGUGCCUCUGCAAAUAAGCUAGGAAAUUUCAAACAACAUGCUGCUGAAUAUGCAGCCUUGAUUAUGGAAGAACUUGACCCUGAUCAUAAUGGAUAUAUAGAGAUGUGGCAGCUAGAAACUCUGCUAAGAGAAAUGGUUAGUUCUGAAGAAGGCACCAAAAAAGAUAAUACUAAAACCAUGACUUUGACUAGAACUAUGAUACCGAGCAAGUAUAGAACUCCUAUUAGCAAAUUUCUCUCUACAACCACAGAAUUUGUAGUUGAUAAAUGGAAAAGAAUAUGGGUUAUCACACUUUGGUUGGCCAUAAACUUGGCACUUUUCAUAUGGAAGUUUCGCCAAUACAGGGAAAGAGGAGCAUUUGAAGUCAUGGGUUACUGUCUCUGCCUUGCAAAGGGUGCUGCUGAAACUCUCAAGUUCAACAUGGCUCUCAUUGUCCUUACCAUGUGCAGAAGAACUCUUACAAAGCUAAGAGGAUCAGUUCUUAGUCGAAUCAUCCCUUUUGAUGACAAUAUAAACUUUCACAAGAUGAUUGCAGUAGCUGUAGUUUUAGGGACUCUUAUUCAUGUUGGAAUGCAUGUCACUUGUGAUUUUCCUAGAAUAGAAUCGUGUCCAAAAGAAAAGUUCAUGAUGAUACUUGGGCCAGGUUUUAACUAUGUGCAACCUGAUUAUCUGAGCAUUGUGGAAAGUAUUCCUGGUAUAACUGGAAUUCUUAUGGUCUUGAUUAUGGCCUUUACCUUCACUCUUGCCACACAUUAUUUCAGAAGAAGUGUUGUCAAGUUACCUUCCCCUUUGCAUCGUUUGGCUGGUUUCAAUGCCUUUUGGUAUGCACAUCAUUUGCUAAUUUUGGUUUACAUACUCCUUGUCAUACAUGGCCACUUUCUAUUUCUCACCAAGGACUGGCGCAAGAAGACGACUUGGAUGUACCUUGUAGUUCCACUAGUACUCUAUGCUUCUGAGAGAACUCAUCGAUUUUUUAAGAGUAAAGAUCACCGUGUAAGCGUCAUUAAGGCAGUAAUAUACACAGGAAAUGUUCUAGCACUAUACAUGACCAAACCCUCAGGAUUCAAGUAUCUAAGUGGAAUGUAUCUUUUUGUCAAGUGUCCAGAUAUAUCUAGUUUUGAAUGGCAUCCUUUCUCCAUAACCUCUGCACCUGGAGAUGACUACUUGAGUGUCCAUAUACGAACCUUAGGAGAUUGGACUACAGAACUUAAAAACAUAUUUGCAAAGGUGAUGUUUAUCUGUGAACUGUGAACUCAAAGCUAUAUAUUCAAUUAGUCAAAGGACCUAGAAAUGCAGGCUUGUGAGCCUCAAAGUGCACAACCAAGAAGCGGGACCCUUUUGAGGAUGGAAACUAGAGCAAAUUCAAGCUAUGACCAGACACAAACAAGAUAUCCAAAGAUUUACAUCAAAGGACCCUAUGGAGCCCCGGCACAAACCUAUAAGAAUUAUGAUGUCCUCUUGCUCAUAGGUCUAGGAAUUGGGGCAACCCCAAUGAUUAGUAUUCUCAAAGAUCUAUUGAACCACAUGAAGGCAGAAAGCCCUCAAAAAGGAACACCUGAAAGCAACUACUCAGAUGAAUAUAAGAAAGGUCCUGAAAGAGCAUAUUUUUAUUGGGUAACAAGAGAGCAGGCUUCAUUUGAAUGGUUCAAAGGUGUCAUGGAUGAUAUUGCAGAAUAUGACCAUGAUGGUGUGAUAGAAAUGCACAACUAUUUGACUAGUGUCUAUGAAGAAGGUGAUGCACGGUCUGCACUUAUUGCCAUGAUUCAGAAGCUACAACAUGCUAAAAAUGGAGUUGAUGUUGUUUCAGAAAGCCGGAUAAGAACUCAUUUUGCAAGACCCAACUGGAAAAAAGUCUUCUCUCAAUUAGCAAGCACACAUCAAAAUUCAAGGAUAGGUGUAUUCUACUGUGGAAGUCCUACUCUUGCAAAACCAUUGAAGAACCUUUGUAAAGAUUUCAGCCUAAACUCAAGUACAAGAUUUCACUUUCAUAAGGAGAACUUCUAA